UAAAUCAUAUAGUUUACUGGUUCUUCUUUUUUUUACAACUUGAGGUCACUGGAAAUUGUUUGAUUAUGGAAGAAAUUGGCAUUGUUGUUACGCCUAAAAGGGAGGUAGCUUCUCCCAGUGAAUCAUCGAGACCAACAUCGACGGCUGCGUCUGGACUGGAGAACAUUGCUACAGAUGAUCUCUACUCAAGAUACAAGAAAUUACAGCAGCAGCUUGAGUUCUUAGAAGUACAGGAGGAGUACAUCAAGGAUGAACAAAGAAAUCUCAAGAAAGAAUUCCUUCAUGCCCAGGAAGAGGUCAAGCGUAUUCAGAGUGUUCCUCUGGUCAUCGGUCAGUUCUUAGAGGCAGUUGACCAGCACACUGGCAUCGUAGGAUCAACUACAGGUUCCAACUCAUACGUGCGUAUCCUUAGCACCAUCGAUCGUGAGCUGUUGAAACCAAGCGCCAGCGUCGCCCUUCACAAGCACAGCAAUGCACUGGUUGAUGUACUACCUCCAGAAGCUGAUAGUAGUAUCAUGAUGCUGGGUGCAGAUGAGAAGCCUGACGUGGUGUAUUCAGACAUCGGUGGUAUGGACAUGCAGAAGCAAGAGAUCCGUGAAGCUGUAGAGCUCCCUCUCACGCACUUUGAUCUCUAUCAGCAGAUUGGUAUCGACCCGCCGAGGGGUGUGCUCAUGUUUGGACCCCCGGGAUGUGGUAAAACCAUGUUAGCUAAGGCUGUAGCUCAUCAUACCACAGCUGCUUUCAUUCGAGUCGUUGGUUCAGAGUUUGUUCAGAAGUAUCUAGGAGAAGGCCCACGUAUGGUGAGGGAUGUGUUCAGACUGGCUAAAGAGAAUGCUCCUGCAAUCAUCUUCAUUGAUGAGAUCGAUGCCAUCGCGACCAAGAGAUUUGACGCCCAGACAGGAGCUGAUCGAGAGGUACAGAGGAUCCUUCUGGAGUUGCUCAAUCAGAUGGAUGGCUUCGAUCAGAAUGUCAAUGUCAAGGUGAUCAUGGCAACGAACCGAGCCGACACCCUUGACCCCGCCCUGUUGAGACCAGGUCGUCUAGAUCGUAAGAUUGAGUUCCCUCUGCCUGACAGGAGACAGAAGCGUCUUAUCUUCAGUACCAUCUGUGCUAAGAUGAAUCUCAGCGAUGAGGUCGAUCUAGAAGAUUACGUAGCAAGGCCAGAUAAGAUUUCAGGAGCUGAUAUCAACGCUAUCUGCCAAGAGGCUGGUAUGCAAGCUGUACGUGAGAAUCGUUAUGUAAUCCUGGCAAAGGACUUUGAGAAAGGCUACCGUAACAACAUCAAGAAGGACGAGACUGAGCAUGAAUUCUACAAAUAAACCAUUAGAGAUAUCAAGGCUUUAACCAUAUAUUUUGAUACAAUUAAACGUUACCACAUUAUUGUUUCUAAUACUACUAAUCUACUUUGAUACAACAACAUCCCACAGGCAAUGUUUGGUAGGGGAGGGAGUGGGGCAAAGCCUGUUAAAAAAACAUGCCAUUAGUAAUCCAUGAUUUGUAUAGCUUGUCAGCAAUUGAAUCAUAAAAUUGAUGACCAGUUUUCAUCAUUUUAACAUCUUAAAAUAUAUCCUUUCCUUUUCUAACUUGUCAGCACAUCUGGUCCAAUUGGUUGGGACUCCUCCCCCCCCCCCCCCAUUCAAACACAGUGUAGCUUCGCCCCUGUCCGCCGUGGAGGUGCCAUGGUAUAGUGGUUUAUUCACUUGACUCUCAUUCCUAGGGUCAAGAGUUCAAAUCCCAACAUGUCACUAAUGUUCUUUGGCAGGCUGUUAAUCCACAUUUUUUGCCACUGUAAAUGGGUACCUGAUAUGCCAGAGUGCUUCAGAUUUGGCAGAUUUGGCCGAAAUCAGUCAAAGUCGCAUAAAAUCUUGACGGUUUUAUUUAAUCCCCAUGAGAAAAUCCUUUUAAAGAAUGAAAUACACCGACCAUAUACAUCUGUAACAAAUGUACCGUUUGAUGUUCUAGUAGUAGAGUAACAUGAUUGUGAAUACCGGUAAUGAGUGAUAUAUAAACAUUAUUUUGUUGGCUAGAUGCAGUCAGUUUAUAGAGAUGCUCAAUUAUUCAUUUCCUAUGGAAUACAUGUAGGAUGGUAAUCUCUGGAGAGGUUCAUCUGAUGUGUGAUGUUACUUGCAAAUAAGUUCUUUCUUCACAAUCAGUGGAAAAAUUAUGUGUUUCAGAAUGCCAUACCAUGCUGCAAGCUACUUCAGACCUAUGUCGUAUCUUGCAUUGUUGCUGAUGCAGUACGACAUUACUCUUUCACCAAUGUACAGAUAAACCUGUCUAUAGCGAACGCCCUAGCAAAACACAAAAGUGGUCUUUG